CACACUUUGUCAGUUUACUUCUUCCACCACAUCUCUGCCUCUGUUUCCCUUCUCUGCUGCUUUCCCUUUUCUGCUGCUGCCUGCUUGCUCUUACUCUACUGGGAGGCCUUGUCACGCUGUGAAGAGAAGAAUCUACUUCUGCUUUUGAUGAUUUAAAGGACACAUUCUUGAAACGAUAAUUUGGUCAGAACAAUUCACAACAGCCAGUAUGCUGCAGCAGAUCCAGGAGGCUGGCUCACGCGCCAUGGAGGUCUAUGCCGAUCUUGUGGCAAGAGUUGAUCCACGAAUAAAAGAUUAUCCUCUGAUGUGGAGUCCUGUUCCAAUGACUGUUAUACUUCUGUGCUAUUUGUUUUUCGUACUGUACCUUGGACCUCGCAUAAUGGCCAAGCGUGCACCCUUCCAGCUCAAGGAACCCAUGAUAGCGUACAACUUCAUGCUGGUGGCAUUGUCAUUAGUUAUUGUUUAUGAGUUUAUGAUGUCUGGAUGGGCCACAACAUAUACCUGGAGAUGUGAUCCAAUUGAUGUCUCAAACCGUCCUCAAGCUCUACGAAUGGUUAGAGUGGCGUGGCUCUUCUGGUUUUCAAAAAUUAUAGAGUUGAUGGACACAAUCUUCUUUGUAUUGAGGAAAAAACAUGGCCAGAUCACUUUCCUGCAUAUCUUCCACCACUCAUUUAUGCCCUGGACCUGGUGGUGGGGAGUUGGUUAUGCUCCUGGGGGAAUGGGAUCUUUCCAUGCUAUGGUGAACGCCUCUGUCCACAUCAUCAUGUAUUUCUACUAUGGUCUUUCUGCUGCUGGCCCACGCUUCCAGAAGUUUUUGUGGUGGAAGAAGUACAUGACGGCUAUUCAGUUGAUCCAGUUUGUUUUGGUCUCUCUUCAUGCCACCCAGUGGUACUUUAUGGACCACUGUGACUACCAGUUCCCUGUAGUCAUUCACCUCGUUUGGAUGUAUGGAACCUUGUUUUUUAUCCUCUUCUCCAACUUCUGGAUCCAGGCUUACGUGAAGGGUAAGCGUCUGCCAAAACAGGACAUCAAGCAUCAUCAGAAUGGCACAACCGUUUACACAAAUGGCAAAAUCCACAAGAAUAGUAAAGUCCACGAGAAUGGCAAACUGUAUGAAAACAGCAAAUGCUAUGAAAAUGGCACAAGUAACUGCAUCAACCACACAGCUACCAACGGCACCAGCAAUGGCUCUGCUCCCUAUGAAAAUGGUCGUGCCCACAAUGGAAAGAUGAAGAAGGCAUAGACUUUGGAAGGGAAACGCACCUGAAGUAUGACCUUGUCAGCUUGUUAAAAUUACUAUGAAUUCCAAAGAUAAUUAGACUGUUUUACGGCUUUUAGAUUCUUGUUUAAAACAUGGAAGAACAAUGUGGUCUAUGACUUCCACAGCUGGGGUUCCACAUUUGCUUUGUUAAUUGGGUUGGUUUCUUUUGAGAAGGGAACCAUCUAUGGAGCACGAUGUAUGAAGAGAAGAUAUUGUCACAUAAUGUUUGGUCUUCACUGAUGUUGCAAGCAACCAUGUAUUUCAGUAUCACACUGGUGGCCUUUCAGCUUAUUUGCUGACUUUUUCUGACCCCACCCUGUGGACAGAAGACGUUUUCUAAUAAACUUGAAGACAAAAAAUUGUUUUGUAAAUAGUUUUACUGUAAACAAGAAAAUAACUGCAU